AUGAGGGGUCCCUGGGAGAGGUCUGGGGAGAACGAAGAGCGGGAGGAGGAGACGGUGGCCACUAGAGGGGUCCCGGAGGCCGAGGAGGGUUCGGAUACGGAUUCAGACGCAGUCCUGAAGACAGAAGGCACCCAUGGGCUUGGAGAACUGGUCAAGGACACCGUCCACCUGAGGUCUUGCCGGGCCCACAGCCUCGUGCCUGCCUCCUGCUCCCUGCGCCAGGGAAGUGCCCCAGAGCUGAGCCUGCAUCAUCGUGGCCUGGGGCCCCAGGGGGCCCGGGCUCUGGCUUCCACAUUGACCUCCAAUCCCGAUGUCAAGCGGCUGGACCUUUGGGACAAUGGGCUCUGUGGGGCCAGCGCAGAGGCCCUGGCAGGUGCCCUGAGCCAGGCAGCAGCAUCUGUAGGAGAUGUGGAGCUGUCGGAGAACCAGCUGGGAGCAGUGGGUGCCCAGGCUGUGUGUGCCGCCCUCGUGGUGAACCCAGUCAUGCAGAGGGUACAGCUGGCAAGGAACAGCCUAGAGGAGCAGGCGCCCCAGUACCUUGCUGAACUCCUGCUGGCCCACAAGGGCCUGAAGUCCCUGGACCUGAGUUCUAACAAGCUGAGUGACCAAGCAGGGGAGACACUUGGACCAGCCCUGGUGGAAAACACAGGACUCACCGAGCUUAACGUGAGCUGGAAUCACCUUCAAGGCCCAGGAGGCUUGGCCUUUGCCAGGGGACUGGAGGCAAACAUCUUCCUGAGAGUCCUGGACAUCUCAGACAAUGGCUUUGGAGAUCCUGGAGCCUCCCCGGUGGGUGAGGCACUUCAGACCAACAACAUGUUGAAGGAACUCAACAUGAACAACAGCCGCAUCUCUGCGGUGGGAGCCCUGAGCCUGGGCCUGGGCCUCCGGGUCAACCAGACACUGAGGAUUCUUGUUGUGUCCAGGAAUCCCAGGCGAAGUGCAGGCUGCUUUGCUGUUCUCAGGUCUGUCCAGGAGAGUCCAGUGUCUGCCCUGGAACUGCUGGAUUUCUCUAUACGAGAUGUCCAGGUAAGCAGAGAGUUUGAUGACCUCACUGCUCAGUGA